AUGGUGACAACGAAAGCGCGCGCCUCUACAAAGGCUGCAAAGAUAUCUCCAGAUGUGCCAGCUCGGCGCCUGCCAGACAGGACCUUCGUGCUCGACAAUGGCGCAUAUACAAUGAAAGCGGGCUAUGCUUGUGAACCGUCCUCCUCCCCCGAAGAAGCUUUAUCCAGCUGCUCCUCGAUACCGAAUGCGCUCGUCAAGACCCGCGAUAACCGGGUUCUGAUCGGUGCGCAGCUUGAUACCCAUGUCACGGACUGGAACGAGGCGAUGUUCCGCCGCCCCGUGGAGAAGGGAUAUAUUGUGAACUGGGAAGCAGAGAGGGAGAUCUGGGACCAGACGUUCUUUGAAGAAAAGGCAACGGCGCGGAAUAAACAGCUUCGCAUAGCUGCACCCGAGGACACCACACUCAUUCUAACCGAGGCUCCGAAUAACAUGCCGGUGCUGCAGCGGAAUACGGAUGAGAUGGUAAUGGAGGAAUGGGGCUUUGGAGGCUACGUGAGGUGCCUGGGCCCGACACUAAACGCGUGGAAUGAGGUACACUCUCUAUUUGGGGACCCUCUCGCCAAAUCCGACUCCGAUAUUAUGCCCGUGGACUGCCUGCUAGUUGUCGACUCUGGAUACUCACAUACAACGGUGACACCGGUAUACAAGGGACAGGCUCUCCAACGAGCGAUCCGACGGCUCGACGUUGGCGGCAAGCACCUCACGAACUAUUUGAAAGAGAUCGUGUCCAUGCGACAAUACAACAUGGUGGACGAGACAUACAUUAUUAACGAAGUCAAGGAGGCAGUCUGCUUCGUGAGCAAUGAUUUCGCAGGGGACAUGGAACGCACCUGGAAGGCCAACCGCAAGCGCCAAGACGUAGAGAGUGUGGUGGUGGACUACGUGCUUCCCGACCCGAAUGCGCACAAGAAGGGCUUUAUGCGCCCACAUAAUCCUCUUUUGCAGGCGAAGAAGAAGAAGGGUGCGCUGUCGGGGCUCAGCGCCGAGGCCCUGUCCGAGGACGUUCUGGUCCUAGGCAACGAACGAUUCACGGUCCCAGAGCUUCUAUUUACACCGGGUGAUAUUGGUAUGAAGCAAGCUGGUGUUCCCGACAUGAUUCUCCAAAGCUUAUCGGUACUACCGCCUGGACUGCAUGCUGCAUUCUUGGCGAAUGUUUUGGUGGUUGGCGGCAAUGCUUCCAUUCCGGGAUUCAUGGAGAGGCUAGAGAAUGACCUUCGGCAGAUUGCAUCUGCAGAUUGUGUUGUUCGGGUGCGGCGAGCUGAGGACCCCGUUCACUCCACCUGGCUCGGAGGCUCCCGUUUUGCGAGCAACCGCGAAGAGUUGGGCAAGGUGGCAAUCACUCGCGAGGAGUAUCAAGAAUAUGGAUCUGGAUGGGCCGGUCGAAGAUUUGCCGGCAUGAUAUGA